UUUCGGCCAGCAACUUCUGUCCCCUGUAUCUGCCGUCGCCGGCGCAGGCGCCGCUUCCGGUUCCGGUAGUGGCCGGUCGUACUCUCUCCCAGGCUCGGGUCAUGGCUGGGAGCCGGCUGGAAACCGUAGGAAGCGUCUUUUCGCGGACUCGGGAUCUGCUUCGGGCUGGGGUAUUGAAGGAGAAGCCCCUCUGGUAUGACGUAUACGAGGCCUUCCCACCGUUGAGGGAGCCGGUCUUCCAAAGACCCCGCUUGAGAUAUGGCAAAGCCAAAGCUCCCAUUCAGGACAUCUGGUACCACGAGGAUCGGAUAAGAGCGAAAUUUUAUUCUGCCUAUGGGUCUGGCCAAAAAGCUUUUGAUCUGUUCAACCCAAACUUCAAGUCAAACUGUCAACGGUUUGUGGAGAAGUACAUUGAGCUGCAGAAGCUUGGAGAAAUAGAUGAAGAGAAAUUAUUUGUGGAAACGGGGAAGGCUUUAUUGGCAGAAGGUGUCAUUUUAAGACGAGUAGGAGAAACAAAGACUCAGCAGGAAGGUAGUCACAUUUCCUGGAAAUCUGAACAUGCAAGUGUCACACCUCAAACUGCAUUGGAAGGAAACCAACCUCAGAAAGACGUUGCCCAGGACCCGAAUUUGGAGACACCUGAAGUGCAGUCUAAAGGUCUCUCCCCUCCCUGAAGGACUGGUGUACUGUGAACAUUGACGGACAGCUGUGCUCACUGGAUGAGUGCUGAGCUAUUUUUAACAGUUGAACUAUGUAAAUGUUUCUUGAUCUCUAAGGCACUGUGUUUGCCUUGUCUUAGUUCCUUUUUCCGGAUUGUUAUAAGCUCAGUAUCAUGGUUUGAAAGAAGCAGUUUUGUGAACUUUCAGGACAUUACUAAAUAAAGGAUUCCCUGGCUGCUUA